CCUCCGCCUUCGAUCACCCCUCAUCCCUUCCCAUCCAAUUCUCCAAUUCCCUCAACCCCUCCCCAUCCUCAUCCCGUCACCCUCAUCAUCAUCAUCAUCCUCAUAAGCCUGCGAUCCAAAAUUCAGAUCAUCCAGCUAGCUCCUCAACUAACCCCCAAUCGCCCCUCAAACAGACAAACAUCACCCCAGCCGACAGGGCUUCGAUCCUCAGUUGGUCUUCCAAAGAUCAGGCCCACGAGAACGCCACGUUUCAUGGCCGACGUCAGAAGCGUACUAUCUUUGCUGCUUCUUAUGGCGAUGCACUCGACGCUGCACGCUUCGAUUGGCUCGGCGAUGCCAGCCCCAACCGAUCCCUCGGCCGGUUUCGACUCCAAAUGCCAGUCGACCUCGAUAGGGCUGCUGCCGCGGGUAAACGCAAGACUCGUCCUCGUCUCAAACUCAGUAAACAUGACCUCAAACUUAUCUCCAACACCGAAGAGGUCCUAGUUCCCAUCAGACUCGAAAUAGAGGUCGAACACUGGAAACUCAGGGAUACAUUUACUUGGAACCUCAAAGAACCGGUCGUCACUCCAGAACAAUUUGCAAUUCAUCUGUGUGAAGAUUUGAUUCUACCCAUCCAACACUUCUCUGGCCCGAUCGUCAGCGCGAUCAAGGAACAGUUAGAAGAGUACAAGCUACACGAAAACUUUGAAGGCCAUCUGGCCAGUCGAACAAGCCUUCCCGAGGAAGAGGAAACGAUCGGUGAUGAUAUGAAGAUGAUGGAGGGAACCAGUCAUCUCCCACUCGAUCAUAAAGAACCGAUGGCCGAUCCUCAGCAACAGCAAAAAGAAGAGGCCUGGUGGGCCGAGUGGAGGGAGCGAAUCAUGACCAUCGAUGAGACGGACCAGAAACCGAAUACAACGGACUUCCUGCGGGAUGUGAAGCGGCCCAAGCUCGAUCGCCCAUCCACGCCCAGGCUCACAGCCACUCAGUCAUCGAUCCGAUCACGGCUGAUGGAUAAUAACGAUCAAGACUUCAGGCCUGAACCCGCCGAGUCCAUCUCACUCUCUACCGACCUCAGAGACGACGAACUCCGGAUCCCCAUCAAUCUCGAUAUCAUCUCCGGUAAUAUCCAUCUCACCGAUCGCUUUGAAUGGGAAAUUAGCGAACUCAAUAAUUCCCCCGAAGAGUUCGUCGAGGUUUAUGCUAAUGAUUUGGGCCUCAGUGGCGAAUUCAAGACAGCGAUUGCCCACUCCAUUCGUGAACAGAUCGAAACAUAUGUGAAAUCAUUAGCGCUAGUCGAGCACAUCAAUGGUUAUCCCGUACCAAAUGACGAACUAAGAUAUGCAUUCCUACAAAGAGUCGCCGAUCCGAUUCGGACAGGACAGGUGGACGACUUUACGCCUUUCCUCAAUCUCCUUAAUGCUGAAGAGCUUGAUCGCCAGGAGAAGGAACACGAUCGAGAGGCACGCAGGAAGCGCCGACAGACCCGUAGUCGCCGAGGCAUCACCUUGCCCGACAGGGAAUCCCAACGAACCGUUCGCAGCAUCGUACCCAUCCAAGGUCUCAAGAUGGUGAUCCCCUAUCAGAACGAGAAUGAAGAUUUAAUCGUACCCAUCCAACCUGUUGCUGAACCAUUUGCCAUAGAGGAAUCGGCCGUCGAAAUACCUGAGCCAUCUGAACACCCACCGAAGAAGCAUAUCCCCGUUACUAAAGAAGUACAAAUUCCUGACAGUCAGUUGGGUACACCAAACAAAGCUACUGGCAGUCGAGUCUCUCGCAGGUUGCGCGGUGCGACUGCUGACGUUGCAUCAACUGGCACACCUCCCAAAACUGUGGAGUCGAACCCACCAGUCGACAAGGAUGACGCGCCUACGCCAAGCAAUGCUGGUACGCCUGCGCCUUGUCCAUCCAAUAAAAAGACCAAUAACAAACCCGAUCCUUCAACAACCAACAUCAAACCCUCCAAGAAGCCCCCUCCUUCCGGCCCACGCACCCGAGGUGGGGUUGAUUGGGAGGCUCUCGGUCUACAUGAUCCGAUGGUCGACGGUGUUUGGCACUGCAGUAAUUGCGGCUGUCCUGACUCAAUUGCUGUAGGUAGGCGGAAAGGUUUGGGCGGAAAAGAUACCCUUUGUGGCGAAUGUGGGAGAUACAUGCAUCGAUAUAAGAGAAACCGGCCUACCCUUUACAAUACUUCGGCCGACUACCACACAAGCCUCAAACUGGAAGCUGAUAAAGCCAAACAAGCUAUUGCUGACCAAGAAAUCGUUCGCAAGGAUAAGAACAAAACUGAGAACCAAAAUCUUCCGGGUAGUCUGAACAGCAAGAAGCGCAAGAAAGAAGGUCGGAGCAGUUUAUUACCCAAACCGGAACUUAUGAGACGCAGUGAAGAUCGCGCGGCUAGUGUUGCGAGUAGCGCCAAGAGUGCUGCUUCUAGAGAGUCUUCUCCUGAGCCAUCCGUUCGCUCAGCUAAUAACGGGGCCUCAGAGAAGCCACUUUCCAAAAAACGUUCUCGCAUCCAUGGAACUUCAGAGGCCCCUCCACCCGCCACCCGAGCCCAAAAAGGCAUAUCCAAGACGAUGAUCAUUGAUUCCCCCGAGCCAGGCAACUCUCCCGACUCGAACUCACCAACCAACGCCAGAUCGCAAUCUACAUCGACCUCUCAACCUACCAAACCAGCUCGCGUUAGUAGCCGUCGGAGCAGCACCAAGAAAGGUUCUGAGAAGAAUGAAGAUGGUCCCGACCGACCGCCAGGUUCGAAAUCUCCACCAGCGGUUGGAACUCGACAGGAGAGCCAGAAGAGGAAAGAGCCCCGAUCGAAGGACCCAUCCGUGAAAACCAAGAACGGGAGCAAGAGUCCUGAGGAGGAUCAGGUCAAGUCACAGCCUCCUCCUGGUUCUCGUUCCGGUUCUUUCUCAGGCUCGGUUGGUGGGGGCAAAGACCCGAGAAACGUGCAGCGGCGUUCGAUGACCAACGGGCGGGUCCCGCCGCCGAUUCCUUCGAUUCCAAAAUUUGACCCUCCAGCUUGGAUGACCGCUGCUCUCAGUGGUAUCAAUAAAGUAUACCCUUCUGAUCGCGUCGAGCUAAUCCCCAAGCCCAGGAGACUUGAUCCCGGUCAACCCCUUGUUGUCGCUGCCUCCGAUUGGAGGCUGAAGUGUACCGAUUGUCCUGGAAAGCUAUAUACAGUCGGUCCCGGCGAAUCCUUCACAAACUUUGACGUGCACUUGAAAAAUCGACAACAUCGACAAAAAGUGGAACAGAGAGUGGCUGAUGCCACCAAGAAAGCGCAACAACAGAUCUCACCUACUGGUAGUUCGCAUAGUCAGCCUGAAAUCUCACCGACUGGAACCACAAAUCAACAGCCUUCCCAAUCUUCAUCUUCCACUACUUUCAAUGCUCACCAACCCCAAGUCUCGCCCACCGACGGGUCCCAACAACUCCAAAUAUCCCCAAGCGACGGUAGUCAGCAACUGCACUCACACGCCGGCUCACAAAUCUCGCCGGUUGAAAACACACACGCUGGCUCACAUAUCUCGCCGGUUGAGAACAACAGUCAGCUGAACGGUCACAAUUCUCGUGGUCCGUCCGAAGCCUCUCCAAUUGUUUUUGAUUCACAGUACCAGCCUAUGGUUUCGAUGAACAGUCAUUUGGAAGGCAUCCCAUUUGAGAAUCCGGGACAGUCUGACGGGAAUGGACCAACGAGCUCGUUACCGCCGAUCACGACCACCCUUGCCGCGGCUGAAUCGACCGGUCAAGAGGAGGACAGUGUGCCUCCGGUUGACUCGCUCGGUGUUGAUCAAGAGCUUGUUGAGGAAACCUCGGAGGGGUCGGCCAAUCCGCCUCCUGCUCCUUCGUCACUCGAUGGGGUUGCGAUUCAGGAAAACAACGACUCGGUGGGGCCCAGCCAGUCCUCAAAGGACGGAGAAGAGGAAGAGGAGACGGGUCAGUCUCCGAUACCGGCGCCGGGUACUGCCGAGCUUCUUCCAGACUCUCAACAGAGUCACCCACUUCCUUUGCCGCCGAUCUCCGAUCAACUCCCUCCAUCGGCCGCUGUUGGGCUGCCGGGGCUUGGAGCGAUCCGGCCCGAGCUUCCGGCCAGGCCGAUGAUAGGUCCCGAUGGACCGGGCCCGUUCUCCUCCUCGGCCUAUCCUUCAUCCGGCCCGACACAUUCUCCCUCCCCCGGCCUGCCCGCAAUCCGACGACCUUCAAUGACCCUCGCCGGAGCGCCACAUCAUCUCGGAUUCCCCGCUCGCCCAACCCCUCCUCCUGGACUCAACAAUCCACCGCUCCUUCACCACCCCGCUCAUCUCCAUUACAACCGUAAUAAUCCCAGCCUCAUCCAUGGCCCAAUCGGCGGCGGUAACGGGAUCGGUAAUCUGCCUGGCUUGUCCUCCUCCUCCUCCGUCUCUUCUACCAUUGUUCCAUCUAGUACUGCUGCCGCUACUGGUCCUGCUGUGGCUUCUCAUCCUGUUCCUAUUCGUCAUCCUCCUCCUCCUCCUCCUCCACACACUCUCGUUCAUCCUUUGCCUAAAAAACCUACGUUUGAUUGAUCUCAUCUUCUCCUUUUUUUUCCUCCCUCUCUCUUUUUCUCUUUCUCUUUCUCGCUCUCUCGAUCUUGUUUCCUUCUUUUUCUCUCUCUCUUUUUCUCUAUCUCUAUCUAUAUUCUUACACCAAUAUUCCUAUCCAAAAAAUGAAAAAGAAAAAAAAAAAAUAUAUUCUCAAAAUAUUUAAAAUCAAAGUCUGAAUCUGACAAAAUAUCUUGUUCUUGUUCUUUUUUUGCGUUUUGUGUUUUUUUUUUUUUUUGGUUUUGUU